AUGACUCAUGUAAACAGGAAAAAAUUGACAGAACUGAAAAAUGAAUGCGAUCGCCUUCAAUCGGAUCUACAAACUCGCACAAAGAAAGCGGCCGAACUGGAUGAGGAGGUUAAACGAUGGAAAAUGGAAGCAACUAAAUCGCCGUCAGUUAUGCAACGCCAGCUCACUGAUCGACUACGAGCUGAUUUAGUUGAAAAAGAGAAACAGAAACAAGCUUUGUCUAAGGCCCUUGCUGAUCUACGACGCGAGUUCUUGGUUCAGGCUGAGCAGUCAGUAGUCACCAGCGCAAAUAAUCCGGUCCGUUCAGCUCCGGUGAAAGAGUCAUCAAUGAUUCGGAAGGUUGCUGGUAAACCAGUGAGUACCGUUCCCUCGGUUCGCGCGGUGAUCGCAGCCAAUGACGAAGCACAAAGGGAAUCUAUCCGGAUAGCUUCAACAAAUCCUACAUCGGCCAAGACAUUGCAGUUGGAAACAGAAAACAAACGCCUGGUCGAGGAAUGUCAAACUCUUAAAAGGCAAUUGGAUCGUAUGAAGCAAACGAGAAGACUUGCAGAGGAAAACCAACUACGUCGUCAAUUAGAGGACUUGACUUGCAAGAAUCGUUCUCUGGAGGAAGAGAAUAAACGUCUGCGUAUGGCUCCAGAGAAACCAUAUCAAGAAACAGUUCGGGCGCUUCGGGAAACCGCACAGGCAGCUCGAAACAACAAUCUGACUUCUGAUUGGGAAUCACGAAAGCGAUUGGAGACCGAGGUGAACAGGUUGCGCAAUCAGUCCGUUAAACUCAACUCCGAUAUGAUGUAUUUACAGAAGCAACUAGACCUAACCAAGGGUGCACUGGAACGAAUGAUGCGAGAAAACGAUACACUUCGUGCACGCGUUCAAGCCCGAUGGGGUCCCGGAGCUUUGCCUGACGGAAACUCGGAAAAUAUUACUAAUCAACCAAAACAACCUAUCGACGCCUCCGAACGGGUUUCCUUGCACAAACAGGUCGAGGACUUAAAAAUCGAAGUAGAACGCUUGCGGCGAGCAGAAAGAAUCUCAGCAGAGCUUUCACCCAGUACGAAGGUCGUCACGGAUCAAACAGUCGCAAUUGAGGCUUUGGAAAUGCGUAAUCGCAUUGCUACCGAUCGUAUUAAAGCACUUGAACAACAACUGAAGACAAAAGGGUUUACGACAGAAAACCAACUACGUAUGGAACACGCUUUGCAAGAGGAUCUGCUAAGGUUGAAUAAAGAGAACCUGGAAUUACGUUUUGAGUUGGAAACCCUCCGUGCUGAUGUGCCACGAAUGAAGACUCGUAUCCACGAUCUUCAGACAUACGUGGAAGUGCUAAAAGAAGAAAAAGAAGCAUUACGAGCUGGACGACCAUUGGACAGGUCACAGACACCGGACAUGAUUCAGAAAUCGUCCAGCUUCCGAGAUUCCGUGAUCGCUGGCGUGCUGCAACAUUUGCAUGGCAUCAUUCAUGGUCAAUCCGGAUGCGUUAGCGUGCUGUUUCAAGUUGGAGAAAGUGGGAAAUCCACCAAAGAACUGGAACAAAUUAUCGUUCGACUGAAGCGUGUAUUGCAACGAACCCAGGAAGAAAAUGAGCGUCUCAAGUGCGCUCCAGGACCAGUAUCACAAGAGGAAACCAAAAGAAUGAAAGCUGAGAUCGAGAAACUUCGAGCGAAAUUAGAACGAGCUGAGCUGGCUGCCGGCGCUUGCCUAAAUUCCAAGCGUCUAAAUACGGAGAAGUCGAUGCUUCGUUUAUCUCAAGAAUAUGAGCAACUCAGAAAAAGUUACGAAGAGGUGGUACAGGAAAAAGAGAAAACCCAGGCCGAACUGCGCAAGGUUCAAUAUGAUGCACAAAGUGAAUUGUAA